ACAUCUGCCAUGCUACCUGUUGAGUGAGAGCAAUCACCCGUUCAGAAGACGCCCGCGACCACGACCAGAAUCUCACAUAUAGUCGUUCACCCACAUCCAAAUAUUAGAAUCCUGCUAAUCUCAAUCCCUUCGCGCAUCCGUUGCGCGGAUCAUUUGCUUGAGAGACAUCGCUGGCGCAACAGAAGUGGUGCACGCGCAUUCGCAUUUGCGGUCGAGGUAGAAGACGCGACUUUAUUUCGUGCAGUUCGCCGCAAGUUCACUGCCGUCAGACAUGGACUCGGCCAGGAAGCGGAAAGCCGCCGGCAGCAUUUCUACACCGAGUAGCACGUCCAAGAGGAUCAAAUUACUGAACUCCAACCAUGCCGCACCUACGACUCCUGCCCCCAUCGGCCCUGACGUACGACAGAUCGGCCUCAAAUUGGUCGGCAUGUUACGAAAUGCUUCCGACAAGACUGGUCGAUCGAUCGCUGGCGCAUUCCUCUCGCUCCCGGCACCCGCUGAGUUGCCCGAAUAUUAUGAGCAAAUCAAGCUCCCAAUAGCAAUUGACACCAUCGAGGAGAAACUACUGGCCGGCGCAUAUCCUACCGUCACGACGGUUGAGAGUGACGUGAAGAGAAUGAUUCAAAACGCGAAGGACUUCAACAUACCGAAGAGCGAGAUCUAUGAAGACGCAGAACGAAUGCGAAAGCUGGCGUACAAUUACAUGAAAGUGAACAAUCCGGCAUACAAGUUGGAUCCCUCAUAUUCCUCUUUUCCCACUCCUGUUCCAUUGGAAAAAGCCAAGCUUGCGGGUCAAGCGCCCCGAGCGUCGGAGCAAGAUCGCCAAUCAACUGGCGAGGACGACAAGGCGCAGCGUGGAAGAAUAACCAAAUCAUCAGAGCCACGUUCCCAACCAAAACCGUCCAUGGACCCUAGCGAAGAUCCUCGCGAAAGCGUGGUCGGAAACGACGAAGAAGGCCCCGAUUACAAUUUCGAAGGGAAAUCAUUUCAAGAAGCACAACAAAUUAUCAUUUCCGAGCUUUUGUCACACGCGGAUGUCGAUGGCCUCGAGAUCUUUACACCAUUCGUUAACCUUCCGAGUCGGAAGCUUGAAGAUUAUUAUAAGCUCAUUCGGCAUCCAGUAUCCAUCAAAAGCGUCCAGAAACGAACUCGAGGUCAACACGGUCGGGCAUCGCCCACCGGUGUGUCAGACUUUAAGACAUGGGAUGCCUUCGAGGAAGAGAUUAGUUAUAUCUGGAAAAAUGCUCGCGAGUACAACGAGGAUGGUAGUGAAAUGUAUGAGUUGGCCAAUGACUUUGAGACUCUGGUCAAAACACGUAUUGCAGAGGCAAAGGAGAAAGUAGAAGAGCCAGCGAGCAUGCGCAUCAAGCUCGGUGCACCAAAGGCAAAGUCGGGCAUAACACUCAACCUAAGUCAGCACCGCGGUUCGCCAGUGCCUAUGGCUUCCGUGGACAACGAAGGCCCCUCGAAGCAAAAACCAGGACCACCAUCAUUACUCGACGACAAGCCGCACCCUGCUACAAACGGAACCCCAUCAACUGCGGCGAAAGCCAAAUCACCAGAGAAGCAAAUUGAUGAGCAUCAUCCGUCUGCUGCUGUGAAGCACGAGAGAACUACAACAUCGUCCCCUGUGCCAACUUUGGCGUCGACGGUGCAGGUGAAGUCGGCCAAUGUCAAUCACAGUACCAGCGAUCCUGAUGUUCCGCCACCACAUUCGCGAAUGACAAGCGCCAGCCCCUUGCCUCCUUCACAGGCGCCGGCGGCACCUAGCGCUUUGCAAUAUGCGACGCCCCUGUUACUACCACCCACUGCGAUGCGUACCUACUCGGUUGAUGCCGCACUCCUUCCUGUGGUAACACUUUCGACGCUACCCGGGUCGAACUCCAAACCUUACAACCUGCCUGUUUACCCGCAUGCAUUCCUCGCCUCUCAGAAUGCUGCUUUCACAUUACCCGCUGCGCACUCAGUCGUUCAAAUUAUGCCCACGAUAUCGCGUGAGCUCUCAGCCGGCAGGACGUACAAGCUCUUCCUCAGCCUUAAUGGUGUAUCACUUCUACAACAGAAUACGCAGCUCAAUACCGAGUCGGGGCGGCGAACACACACUUAUGAUGGUAGACUUGUGCCAGGUGUGAACAGAAUCGAUGUAGAAAUCGCGGCUACAAAGCCCGACAAACCUGAGUCUGUGAACAAAGGUCUGGACGUGGAAAGACUUACAGUCUUUGUUAACUUAUUGCGAUAAAUGAUGUCAGAAUAGCAGAUAAAUUAAUCGUUAGAGUUCUGUUACUUAUAGUUUCCCGGAUUAGAAAUGGAUCUCUCCUAGG